AUUUCUUAUAUUUACAUUCUACUUUCAUUUCUGUCGGAAUUCCCAGUCCUUAAAAUAGACGUACUAUAUUUAUCUGUAUUAAUAUGUGCAUUGUUUACCGCUGCAGUGCAUUCAUGAGAAAAUGGCAGUGGGAUUUAUGUGACAUAAAUUACUAAUCUCUAGGUAUUGUAUCAAUAUGUCGUUCUUUAUAACUGUCAGUUAAAUUUGAUUAACUUAUGUAUGCUUGGGUUUAGCUGGAAUACGUAUAGCACACUUGCUACAAUCCCCCCCCACCCCCCCCCCCCCCCCACCCCCAACAAAAAAACAUGAUGAAAAUGAAAACUAUUUUCCUAAGUACAAUUAAUACAAUUUACUAUAUGGAUUCAAUGUAAUUUAUUCGUAUGAUUCUCAUAUAAGUCCAAAACAGUGGGGAGAAUUGUAUAAAGUUACAUAGGGAGGGGUAAUACAGUUACAACAUCAUAGAAAAUUUACAAGUCCUUUAUUUUGUUAUUUAUCAUUUUAGGAAUUGCGUGUUGUACUUAUUAGUAGCCAAAUUAAGCCCAAAGCUAUAUAUACAUUGUAUAUCAAUCAACCCAAGCAGCCAUUCUUUUUAUCAAGUGUUCUUAAUCAACGUGCAUGUAUCAUAGUAUGUAUGGACAAAACACAAAGCUUUGUGGUAUCUUUACUUUCGAUGCGUACUUUUGAAAUUACCAAUUGCAAGAUGUAUAGAAACAUAGUUAAUUAAUUUGGAAAGAGAGAGAAACAAGUUGGUAGAACAUUAGAAGUUUUGUAGUGCUACAGGCAUGGUCUAGUUUGAAAAUGAGGGGGUAUGGAUGCUGAAUUCAAUCAGAGGUAUCAAAUGAAAUGGAUCAAAAUGAAAUAUUUAAAAACAGCAUAUAAACAGUGAGAGUACUUCAAUUAAUUUCAGUAUCGAGUAUGAUCUCUUUGAAGUAACAUUGAGUUUGCAGUUAAUUUCAGUAGCGGGUGAUCCCCUGCGAUAGCACAGCUUUUAAAGAAAAAUUUGCUGGAAAUGAAAUGUUAAAGUGGAUCGCUCUAGUUAAAAUAGAGUGAUGCUUUGGUGACGAAAAUCAAAAUUUCCACAAUUAUUUGUGUCGAGGUAACAAGCACCUAAUUCAAGCAUGAAAUUGUAUAUGAUUGAGAUCAAGUGCAAACAAUUAUACAAGUAGGUACAUGGAGUCAAUCAAUACUUUGAAGAUUGGCCUUUGAACAUAAUGGUAUUGGUACAUUUGAGUGUUCGCGGGUCCUUCAAUAUAUUUGAAUCAUGAGCACGUGUUGAAAAGUCCCUUUGUAUUUCUACAAGAUGCAAUGUUAACGUGAUGUUAAUAGGUAAACUUUCAUGAAAGUUGUGGUUUUGUUGUUGUUGUUGUUGUUGUUAUUGUUGUGUAUAGAUGUAUAUAUGACAUUAAACAUUUUAAUAGCGACAUAUUCCAUUUUUCUGAAAAUAUUUUCUUUAAAUUUUGUUUUACGUCAUUUCUGUAAUCAUUUAAUAUCUUAUAAAAUUUCCUUUUAAAAAUGUACAUGAUAUCUGUCCAGAUGUUACAUUAUAUACAUACAUGUAUACAAUUCCAAUGUUAUUUAUUACAAUUGAUUUGAUUGGACAAAAAUAAAUCUAAACGAGAAUUUACACAUUAAUAAAUCCAAAAACGCUAUGUAUAUAUACGCGCCUGAAAACAAAUAACAUAGUGCGGAGAACUAUUCAAAUUUUUGAAGUUGAUAAUACAGGGAACGAAUUGGAAUUAUAAGAAUCAAACAUUCUUUUUGAAGACUUAUCGAUGUGUAAACUCUGGACAUUUUACUCACAAACUUAACAUAAAAGUGCUUCGCACUUUUAUUCAGUUUGUGAAUAAAAUGCCCAGAGUUUACACAUCGACAAAGUCUUCAAAAAGAGUGUUUAAUCCUAUAGUAUACUCAGCUAUAUAGAAUUGCAAUUGUCUAAAACUGUUCAAAUGUUGUUUUUCUGGAGUUGAAUUUAUUACCAUAUGUCUAUAAAUGAUAAAAGUCAUUGACCAUGAUGGAAUUAUUCAAAAUUCUAAGAUCUGUAAUUAAAUAACUCUUUCCAUCGUCUAUGUAUCAUAUCAAACGCAAGACGUGUAGUUUGACGUACAUUAGUUAUAACAUAAAGACAUGUGUAGUUUGACGUACAUUAGUUAUAACAUAAAGAAAUGUGUAGUUUGAUUUACAUUAGUUAUAACAUAAUUUCGAAAGGAAAAAGUGAAGUGCAUUGACUGCUGGUGACUAGAGAUUUCCUGGAAUACACUGUAUAUCAAUUCAGGGAAUUCUCUGACAAAUAGACAAAGAAUUGACAUUGACGACAAUCACGAUACAUCACAUGAUCGCGGCAUUCUUCUCCGAUUUUAUGAUUCAUUUUUAUCAAUUAUAUAUAAUCAUACUCAUCUAGCAGGAGAGGUUUCGUGUGAAAAGCAUGAUUUGUAGUUGAAAUAUACCACGGAGACUGCUGUCUGUGUGUAUUACACGGAAAUUCACGUCAUUAACUUUUCCUGUCGUUCACAGUCCGGUAUUAUUUCGUACAGUGACUUUACAUUUAGAAAACAAAGAAAUUAGUAUAUAAUGUUCCAUUAAUCAUUCGUUAAACUGAGGUCGUGUUUCCUCCAAAAAGAAACCGCUAAGUCUGAUAGACGACAUCAGAUUGUCUAAGUCAUUUCCCCCAUUUACAUAGAAGAUUGCGGAUGAUACUGAGGGGAAAUGGAUGCAUGGAAAAAUUACUCUACAUCGUGGGACAACAUAGAAACCCCAGAAACAUUUGGAAUAAACAAUCUGUCAACUUUUCAAGACAUUAGCAAGAAGAUAACUCUGCGAGAAUGGAACAACGAGAUAGUACAUAAACUUCUCUUCAACACCAUUUUGCUGUGGAUUUACUUUGCUCUAGGUAUCCUCGGAAACACAGUCGUUAUUUUCUUCUAUAGCUUUCGAAUCAAAGGCAAAUUAGAGGACAGAUUCUUGAUCCCCCACCUAGCUUUCUUUGAUCUUCUGGCCACCAUACUGACCACUAUUGACAAAACAAUGGAUAACAUUUUUCCAGUCAUGUAUCCCAGUUACAGACUAUGUCAAAUUUUGAAUUUUUCCAGUCGUGUAUUUGCAGCCACGGGAGAUGGGGUACUCCUACUGAUUGCUGUUCACCGGUAUCAACGAAUAUGCCGACCGUUCCAAUUUCAACGCCCGUUCUCCAACAGCAGGGUGUGUUUAGCUCUUGUUUUCCUUGUAACUGUGCUGCUGAAUCUACCCGUGUUUAUGUUUUAUGGACUACACUCUGUGCAUCAUCACACAUUUGAUAUCGAGGGCUACCGGUGUGACCAUAUUCAUCACCACGCCCUAUUUUCAAUCUUUAUGACAGGUUAUGACAUUUGUAUCUUUGUACUUAUAGUUAUUGUUAUGAUUGCUAUCAGUGCUCUCUAUUCUCUUAUCGCCAGGACCAUUAAACAGAGUGCAGGUAACGCCAUGAGAUUCAAGAAACGAUCCACAGAUUUCAGCUCAAGUUCUUACACAAAUAGAGUUGACCAAACGCCCGGAAAGGACGGCAAAUGUAACGUCCUUGAGAUAAGUAAGAAUCUGGACAAAACCCUCCUGGAAGGAAUCGGUGGUUUUUCAGCUAGUAAAGUCAAGAAAAUGAGACGAAGUUCCUCCACAAGCAACACCGGACAAUUAGCCUCGCGUUACAGAUACCAGAAAAAUCGCUUUUCCUACAUGUUCAUGGCAAUAGCUCUGUUGUUCAUCCUCACAUACAUCCCAUCGAACAUCCUUAAAAUGUGUGAGCUGACACAUCCAGAGAUGUUGUUCGAACUCCCCCACUGGAAACUUCACUUUUAUCUGUUCUUUCGUCAGGGUUACAUAUUGAAUCACGUGGUUAAUCCAUUCGUGUAUGGUCUUUUCGAUUCUGGAUUCCGACGGGAUUUGAUUAGUUUCCUGACAUGUUUGAAGAAGUAGUUAAAAUAAUGUAUUAAAAAUGCUGGAAUACCUGUCCAGAUAAAAUAAUGUAUUACAAAUGCUGGAAUACCUGUCCAGAUGAAAUAAUAUAUUACAAAUGCUGGAAUACCUGUCCUUAUGUAGAAAAUGUUAAUAAAGCAUUUAAAUUAUA